ACUAGAGAGAAACCUUAUGAAUGUAAUCAAUGUGGUAAAGCCUUUGGAACACCCAGUCAUCUACAAUAUCAUAAAAGGACACAUACUGGAGAGAAACCUUAUGAAUGUAAUCAAUGUGGUAAAGCCUUUGCACAUAAUGGUCAUCUCCGAAGACAUAAAAUGACACAUACUGGAGAGAAACCUUAUGAAUGUAUUCAAUGUGGUAAAGCCUUUGCACAGCGCAGUAAUUUCCAAUAUCAUAAAAGAACACAUACUGGAGAGAAGCCUUAUGAAUGUAAUCAAUGUGGUAAAUCCUUUGCGCAGCACAAUACUUUCCAAUAUCAUAAAAGAACACAUACUGGAGAGAAGCCUUAUGAAUGUAAUCAAUGUGGUAAAGCCUUUGCAGGUCACAGUGUUCUCCAAAGACAUAAAAGAACACAUACUGGAGAGAAACCUUAUGAAUGUAAUCAAUGUGGUAAAGCCUUUGCACAGCACAGUACCUUCCAAUAUCAUAAAAGAACACAUACUGGAGAGAAACCUUAUGAAUGCGUUCAAUGUGGUAAAGCCUUUGCAGGACCCAGUGAUCUCCUAUAUCAUAAAAGAACACAUACUGGAGACAAACCUUAUGAAUGCAAUCAAUGUGGUAAAGCCUUUACACAGCGCAGUAAUCUCCAAUAUCAUAAAAGAACACAUACUGGAGAGAAACCUUAUGAAUGUAAUCAAAGGGAUAAAGCUUUUGCAGUGUCCAGGUACCUUCGAUAUCAUAAAACAACACAUACUGGAGAGAAACCUCAUGAAUGUAAUCAAUGUGGUAAAGCCUUUGCAAGACCCAGUCAUCUCCAAAGACAUAAAAUGACACAUACAGGAGAGAAACCUUAUGAAUGCGAUCAAUGUGGUAAAGCCUUUGCACAGCGCAGUCAUCUCCAAAUUCAUAAAAGAACACAUACUGGAGAGAAACCUCAUGAAUGUAAUCAAUGUGGUAAAGCCUUUGCACAGCACAUUGCUCUCCAAAUACAUAAAAGAACACAUACUGGAGAGAAACCUUAUGAAUGUAGUCAAUGUGGUAAAGCCUUUGCACAGCACAUUGCUCUCCAAAUGCAUAAAAUAAUACAUACUGGAGAGAAACCUUAUGAAUGUAAUCAAUGUGGUAAAGCCUUUGCAUGUCACAGUGAUCUCCAAAGACAUAAAAGAACACAUACUGGAGAGAAACCUUAUGAGUGCCAUCAAUGUGGUAAAGCCUUUGCACAUUGCAGUUCUCUCCAAUAUCAUAAAAGAACGCAUACUGGAGAGAAACCUUAUGAAUGUAAUCAAUGUGGUAAAGCCUUUGCAAGACCCAGUUAUGUCCAGUAUCAUAAAAGAACAAAGCCAAAGUACGCGGAGCUGGUGGUGGUCUCUCCUCACUGCCUGGGGCCUCCACAGGAGCUGAAGCUGCAAGGCUCAGGACAGCAGCCACCGGCCCCUGUUGCAGUCACACUGCAAAUGCAGGCUGCUGAUCAGAAGCUGGGGUGUGAGGCGGUGCAGAGCUGUCCUGGCACACCUUUUCCUGGAUCUAAGGAGAUGAUGUUGUGA